GCUUACAAGUGGUCAGUUAUAAAAUCGAGAGAAGAUCAAUUGCCAGCAAGAAUUACUGAAUUAGCAACGAAAAAAUAUGUUUAUGUAGAAACUCCAAGAAUGUCAUCCGAAAUACUGAAUGUUGAAACAAUUAUUAACAAAAUACGUGCGACUACGGCAAGCAUUUUUGGUUCAGUAACUGUUGAUCGUAUUGAUGUAGAUAAAUCGUUAGUUCAGCAAGGAAUGGAUUCAUUAAUGGGAGUUGCGCUUUAUAAUUGGAUAGAAAAAGAAUUAAAUAUUAAUAUACCAUUAAGUGAAGUAUUACAAGGUGCGACAUUAACUAAACUUGGACAUUAUAUUCAUGGAAAAUUAAAUGAACGUUUGUUGAACUCGUCAUCAUCAAAGACAAAAGAAUCAACUGACAUAGACGAAACAGUAGAACGGGUGGAAGACACGAAUCGAUCACCGUCAGCGACAACAGAUAAAAAUCAACAGUACACAAGCAUUUCAUUAAUAGCUUCAGUAUAUCAAUCCUCAAUGGAAAACAGAAAUAAACCCAAUCCCAUCUUCUUUUACUUAAAUGAUAUAUCGACACCAAUAUCAAUAUUUGAACAAUUUACAACUGAAAUGAAAGAUCACUCGACAGCGAUAUAUGCUUUUCAUUCAAUAGAAGAAACAAAUGAUGCUAUGAUGAAUAACAAAUUAACAACAAUCGAAAAAAUAGCCGAAGAAUAUUUGGCACAAAUGAGACGUAUACAACCACGUGGGCCCUAUUGUCUUAUUGGAUAUAAAUUUGGAGCGUUAAUCGCGUAUGAAAUGAUAUUACAAUUACAAAAAAAUAAUUAUUCACAUUCUGAUAUACAUUCUUUUAUACUGAUUGAUCCUAUUUAUUCUAGCGAUCAUGAAGAACAAUCAUCAUUAAAUCCUUCUGCUCCUCUUCAGUUAGAUGCUUCUAUAAAAGUUAUUAAUAUACUAAUUAGACUACAAAACAAGUAUAUCAAUGAUAAAUUAAAUACUCAUGAUUGUUGUAGCAGUAUUAUCCACGCACAAAAAAUGAUCUUGUUUAUCAACAACAAUCCAGAACAAGAAAUGAUCUGGAAUAAACUAAUUCCUCAGAUGGUUGUUGAAAAAAUUCCGACGAACGAUAAAAUUUAA